UUGAUCUUGACCAACACGUUUGGUUUCAUGGGAAAAACCCCCCAGCACAACUAAGUAAGCCCAGAUUCUGCGACAAAAAUACCAAGAAGGUUUAUCUACACUCCCCACUGCCAAGCGUGGAUAUCUGAAGCCAACAUCCAGCUUUUGGGAGCAUUUUUUUCAGUUUUUCCUUAAUAUUUAUUUUUUAUUUUUGCCUAUUUAUUUUUUUCCCACCCUUGGGAUUUAAACUUUGCCCGGUCCGUGUGGUCGCGCCCUCCUUCCCAGAGAGGGCGUAAAGUGAAAGUUGACCCGGAGAUGAGGUCCCUUCUCCCGCUCACUGUGUAUUGCAUCAGCCUGGUUUCCCUCCAGCAGCUGCUGGCUUUACCGGCUGAGGAGCGUCCCAGCAGCAGCAGCAGGUUGGACCUCCUCAACAAACUCAUCCACCAGAGAGAGGAUAAAACCUCAGCGCUAGGAAGCCAGACACAUGUCGUCCCCUUUUCAGCCCUAAGCCAAUCCCCAAAAUGGCUGAGACAUCAACCAGCUUCAGGAGUGAGAAUGGCCUCGCCAAGCCUGGCGUGGGCACGACCCACUGAGGCUUCGCAGAUCGAGCAGAGGGUGCUGAGAACUCGGCGCCAUGCCCACUCGGGGUCGCGAAAUGGUCACCACUACCCCCACCAUGCCCAGCUGAUGAGAGUGGGUUGUGUCCUGGGAACCUGCCAAGUCCAGAAUCUCAGCCACCGGCUCUAUCAGCUCAUUGGUCAGAGCGGCAGAGAGGACUCAUCCCCCAUCAACCCCAGGAGCCCCUAUAGUUAUGGAUGAGUUAUUUGAAACCCCCAAACACCCACAGCAAGUCUGUUUAUAUCUCCAUCUAUUUAUCUCUUAAUCUAUUACUGGUAGUUUUUGCAUUAGAGUUUGAUGUAGUCCAUAACUUUUGUUUAUCUAUCUCAAAAUGCCAAUUAUACUCCUCAUAAAUGACUGCUGUGCCUCUAUUUUUUGUGCUGAUUGAUGGAUUUGAGGUUUCAGAUUAAAUAUCAUGACUGACCGAAUCAUCUUUGAAACCCCCAAUUCUCCCACCAUUCUUUUGCCUUUUGAAGUCCGUUCAAGUCUUGUCAAAGUCUUUUUUGCUACGCCCUCCUGAAUUCUCAGAAGAAGCCAGGAGGCUUCAGUCUGACAUCUUAAUCCUGUUAAUGUAAGAAUGAAUGCUUGUCCUCAACACCAUCCGGUGGCCUAGUCCUGUCUGCCAAAUGACCUCCCCACUGGUGGCUAUCCCGGGGCUCAUUGAUCAAACACUUAAGCUCCUAAUGUGGAUUUCAACCUGCACUCAGAGCCGGAGCCCUGUCAAAACCAAUGUCUUCCCAAAGACCUCGUAAAUGACCCAACAAACCCUUUUACCUCUUUUUUUGUGCCCCCCCCCCCCCCCCUUUUGUCAACUUUGGAACUCCCAGGUCAUUUCACAUCUGCAUAUGCAAUUUCAAUAUGAAGACUAACAUCUCCGGAGUAUUCCAUGAGCUUUCAGUUGAACUGGGAAUACGUCACUCAGCAGGACUUUGUGUUACAGGACCACAGAUUACUUUUGAAACCAGCCACAGCACUUGGGUUACACCAGAGUUUAAGAGCAUUCCAGGUUAGGACUGAACCACAUGAAAUCCACGCUUAAAAUGAAAAAGAAGAGGGUCAGUAUCGUGUGCCUUUGAAGGAAUCUGCACAGAAACUGACUUCCCGAAGGAUCAGUUUCAAUGUUGCAUUAUAGUGGCCUGUGCACAGUAGGUGGUAAAGUGAACCUUGGAGCCAGGAUCAAAGCUCCGUCACACCACUGCUGGCAUUUUCCCCACCAGAGGCCAAGUCUGAAAUAUUAGCCCUUUCACGUGAUUCAUAAGUUCCCCUUGCAAGUCAGGACUUUGGGUUGACAGCGGUUUAAUAAACCUGACCUAAUCACUUCAGUCAUAUGCACUGCCACAGCGGGGGAGGGGGGGCCCUGAGCCUCCCAUGGUCUGCACACUCAACAAUAAAUAUAAAGAGCAUGUGGCUUCCACACAUAUUCACACAUGCAGCCUUGAAGUUUGCAGAUAUUAAAGGGGACAGUUCAACACGAAUGCACCCCUAACAAUUUUCCUUACUUAUUGCAGCAUAUUUUAGGCAUUUUCCAGAGUAAACCAAAUUGUUAUUCCUGGAAAGAAAUGUGGCAGUGGAAUUAUAUUAAUAUAUAUAAAAAUAAAAAAUUCCAAUUACAUCUUACACGUUGGCAAAUUCAUUGGCGUCUGUUGGCAGCAUAGACUGUAUAUAAAGAUGGACGACAUGACAGCUCCUAAAAUGAAGCCAAACCUCCUGAUAGCUGGCUGCAGUACACGUCAACCCAAAUACAUUUUCCCCAAAGAUGGUUUUUGUCAUUUUAGGUAGUUCUUAUCAUGCUGUUGUUUGCGGUACUUUUUUUGUUAAGUUUGGUUUGAAUUAGAACUGUGAUGCAAUAAAAAGGUGUAUUCAGGUCAUGACAACUAAACCCUGUUCGCGAGUCGGCCGGGUAGAUGGACCUUGUUACCGCACCUCCGACCCCGAUCUCUAAUGCGCAGACUCUAGCUCCAAAUUAUGUCACCAGUGCAAGAUGGCAGCGCCUGCAUCCGGGGUAUUUUGGCUUCAUUUUUUUUUUUACAGUGCGAAGAAAUGGAGACGUGGAUCUUUAUAUACAAUCCAUGGUUGGCAGUCACUGGCAACUUGUUCACAUGUAGUUUUUUGAACGGGUUUAAAUUAGUCCCGAGGCGAUGUCUAAACGCUCUACUGUUACAUUGUGGCUUUCUAAUGAGAGACCACAGCAACCAAAAUGUUAGGUGUAUGAGUGCCCAAUUUUAAAUAUGUACACAAAAUAGAGUAGCACCAUCAAAAUACAUGCCCUGACGGGUUUUUUCUCUCUAUAUAUGUCCGUCUCUGAAAUGGUGGGCGGAUGAUGGUCUGAGAAUAAAUGAGGUCAAGCUAAACUUGUCAAGCAUGCAACAAUGACAGGCCUUAGCGUUUCCAAAAAAUGCAACUAUACCUAUAAAACCCACAUUUUUGUCAGAAACACCCAACACUAUGAAACACCCAACCGCUGCAGACAGUGAUUUGAAAAACAUGAAAGUUUGGUAUUCCUAAGAGCAUUAGUUUAAACUCACCAAACGCCUGGCAAUACUUGACAAAUCGAAUGACUUUACAGUGUGUGAUCUACAUCAUCUAAUAAUGUUUUCUUUUAUAUCUUCAUCUGUGCCUUCUGAUAUUACUUUGUAUCUUAGGGUUAAUUCUUUUUCAUCAACACUCUCAUCCCAAAUCUGGCUCCCUUUUUGUCUGUAAUCAUGGGAGCCUGGAGGUCACAGGGUAAUAAUGAGUGAUUCUUUAGUCUUAAAUCUAAUCUGUUCAAAGGCUUGCUGAGGUCAAACAUGCCAUUCUCUCUGCUGUAAUGGAGCUAAUCAAUGUCUCGUGACAGAUCAUUAAAAGGCUUUUGAAAUGCUCUAACACCCUCGUGGAUUUCUCUACUUUUUAAAAUGUAGUAGUUCACACACACACACACACACACACACACACACACGAUGUGUACGUGUGCGCGCAUGUUUGAGCUGCUGUACGUAGCUUUUCAGGACAACUAUCUCCUAUGUUUGAUCUGUGCUCUGGAGCAUUGUGCUCCCAGUCUGUUUUUCUGCAGUGUGUUUUUGUGACGUCAGACGUUGCAUCACGUUGAGUUGUGUGAGCAAACUGUGCAAGACCAGUGAUACCUCCCCACGGAAACAUCUAGAGCUUUCAUGCCACUCUAUUGCAAAGAAGAAUACAGAGUUCGUGUGUAAAACAUUUCUGUUGGUUUUGUUAGAAAACAGUCGAUCCAGGUAGAUCAGUUUGUAGGUUUGUUUUUGCUGAAGUUCCAUUUGAAGAUCACGUGAUCUCCUUUAGGGUCACAGGAAAGCACUUUAAUGCGAACACGUUUGUUGAUAGUUUCUUGAAUUUCACUCAUUGUGAUGAACUUGUGAAAGUUGGACGAGGUUCCUCUUGUAAAUGUUGCAUUUGAAAUUGUCUGGGAAUGAGUUUGAAGAUGUCAAUACACGCCAUGUGGCGUCAGGAUGAAUGUGAACGUCUGUGUCUGCCUGUGAAUAUAUAUAUAUAUAUAUUUAGACAAACUAUUUAAAAAAAGUUAUGUAUUUAAGUUAUCUUUGUAUGUUAAUAUAUGUAUGUCACCAAAGACUGUCUCAUCCUUUUCACUGCUCCUUUAACAUGACCUUAGGAAAGGAGAGUCUUAACUGUAGUUAAAAUGUUACUAUUUGACAAUGUCCUUCCCUCUGUAAAAUAAAGAACUAUACUGUA